CCUGCUCCCCCCCUCCCCCUCCUUCCUCCUCCUCCUCCUCCUCCUCGUCCUCGUCCUCGCUGCUGCACGUGGAGUUCCCGCAGGUGCCGCCGGCGCUGCUCUCCAACCUGAACCGGCAGCGCCUGCAGGGGCAGCUCUGCGACGUCUCCAUCCGCGUGCAGGGCCGCGAGUUCCGCGCGCACCGCGCCGUGCUGGCCGCCUCCUCGCCCUUCUUCCACGACCAGCUGCUGCUCAAGAACCUGGACUGCAUCGAGCUGCCCGGCGCCAUGGACCCCGCGGCCUUCGCCGUGGCGCUGGGCUGCGCCUACACCGGGCGGCUCUCGCUGGCCCGCGGCGAGCUGCUGGGGCUGCUGACGGUGGGCAGCGUGCUGCAGAUGUGGCACAUCGUGGACAAGUGCACCGAGCUGCUGCGGGAGCCCGCCUCGUCAUCGUCAUCAUCAUCAUCGUCAUCGUCAGCACCAGCGUCGUGCUGCUCGCGGGUGCUGUGCAGCGAGCCGCAGUCCCCCAGCAGCACCAACGCGCUGGGCCCGGCCCCGCAGCCCGAAUUCCCGGCGGGAAAAGCGGGCAGCGAGGAGGAGGAGGAGGAGGAGGAGGAGGAGGAGGAGAGCGAGGAAGGCCCGCGGGCCGCGCCCCGAAAGCCCUGGGUGCUGGUCAAGCGGCGCUGGCUGCAGGAGGACCUGGUGCUCACCUGCGAGGAGGAUGAGGAGCCGCUGGGAGGGGGAAAUCCCGGAAUUCCCGGCGGGAAUGAGGAGGGGGAGGGCGGGAAAGGGGUGGGGGGACCCGGCCGGGAGAAUUCGGGGAUGGGAUCCCGGGAAAAUUCGGGGAUGGGAGCCGGGAAUGGCCGGGAAAAUGUGGGAAUGGGAGCUGAGAGGAGCCGGGAAAAUUCGGGAAUGGGAUCCCUGGAAAAUUCGGGAAUGGGAUCUGGGAGGAGCAGGGAAAAUUCGGGAAUGGGAUCCCUGGAAAAUUCAGGAAUGGGAUCCCUGGAAAAUUUGGGAAUGGGAUCCGGGAGGAGCCGGGGCUCCUGGGGCAGCGAGAGGAUCCACGGAAUUCCGCACGGAGACGAGGGAAUUUCACUCGGAAAUGCUGAAAUUUCACUGGGAAAUGCUGGAAUUGCACAAGGAAAUGAGGAAAUUCUGCACGGAAACGAGGGAAUUUUGCACGGGACCGGCGGGAUUUCACGCGGAAGCGAAGGAAUUGGGGGAAUUUCGUCCGAAAAUGAGGGAAUCCUGCACGGAACCAGCAGAAUUCCGCGUGAAAAUGAGGGAAUUUUGCACAGAACCGGCAGAAUUUUGCACGAAAACGAGGGAAUUUUGACCGGAAUGGGAAUUUCUCACGAGAACGAGGGAAUUUUGAUGGGAACCGCUGGAAUUUCCCACGAGAACCAGGGAAUUUUGCACAGAACCGGCAGGGUUUCACACGAAAACGAGGGAAUUUUAACUGGAAUCAGCGGGAUUUCGCAUGGAAAUUCGGGAAUUUUGACCAGAACCGGCAGAAUUCGGGACGGAACCGAGGGAAUUUUGACCGGAACCAGCGGAAUUCCGCACGAAAACGAGGGAAUUCUAACCGGGCUCAGAGGAAUUCCACACAAAACCUCGGGAAUUUCGCACAGAACCUCGGGAAUUUCGCAGGAAAAUUCGGGAAUUUUGACCAGAACCGGCAGGAUUCGGGACGGAACCUCGGGAAUUUUGCACAGAGCCGGCGGAAUUCCUGACGGAACCUCGGGAAUUUUGAUCAGGACCGGCAGAAUUCCCCAGGAAAGCUCGGGAAUUGCAGCCAGAAGUUCAGCCCGGGCGGCGAACCCCCGCAGAGCGCCCCGCCCCCCGCGGGCAGGCCCCGCCCCCGGCCCCGCCCAGCCCGCACCUGCGGCCCAGGUGAGCUCGGCCAAGGUGUUCGUGUGCCACUGCGGGAAGGCGUUCUCGCACCGCAGCAUGCGCGAGCGGCACGUGAACAUGCACCUGGACCUGCGGCCCUUCACCUGCGCGCAGUGCCGCAAGCGCUUCAAGAUGAAACAUCACCUGACGGAGCACAUGAAAACGCACACCGGGCUGCGGCCCUACACCUGCGGCACCUGCCACCGCUCCUUCAUGUGGAGGGACAGCUUCGUGAGACACCGGGGAGCCUGUGCGGGGACAGCCGGCACUGCUGAGUGACACCCGGCACACCUGAGUGACACCUGAGUGACAC